GAACGCUGCUAGAGUAAGUAAACAAGACCAGACUAGGCUGGGCGGGGCGGGAAGCUCCUCUGUUACCCGCUGAUGUAAAAAAACUAAAUAAGACUUAAUGUAGACUAUACGUGUAAGAUGUCAAGUGGUGUAUGUGACAGUCGCAGGUCGUAUAGAAACGUUGUAGGAGAGCUUAUUUUUGUAAAUGUCCUCAUGAGCCCAGCUUCCUGUAACAAUCGAGCACUGGAGGUUUGUGUGAGUGGAGGACGUAUUCAACUCCUACCAUGGCUUGGAUAUACAAGCAUUUUGGCAGUGAUUGCCUUUAUCACGCAGUUACACACACUACACUUAGCAUGGCUUAUUUCGGCUGUCAUCGUGCAACUAGCCACUCUUGCUUAUAGAGUUCGUGGAAAAGUUGUUUCAGAAACAUUGCUGGUUGUGGCAGGUAUUGGUGUGCAGACUACAGCAACAUUUUACACAGGCAAACAACACACACGAUUUAUUCCAUGGGGCAAUAUAAUUGAUGUUAUUAUUGCUGAAACUAUAUCCCUGCAACGAGUCUUGUUUUAUAUGGCACUUCUUGUGAGAGGAGAGAAACCAGUUCCAACUCCAAAUCUAAUACCUCUAUUUUUGAACACAUGGCCACGUUUAGCAUGUCUGCAACACAUCUAUUGUGCCUGCCAAGAAGUUCUUGUCACUAAGGUUAAGUGAUACCAAAUUAAUUUAUGUUAUUUUAUAAUUGCAAACCAAAUGAUUCUCAUUUUUAAGUAUUAAAUAUACAAAGUCCUAUAUUAGGGCCUAGUCACUGGUGUUUGAUAGAUAAGUAUGUAUUGUAACAGUAAAAGUUGUCAAGGACCAGGCUCUCCAAUCAUCACCUUUAAUGACAUUGAUAGACAAUCAAGUGAAAACAAUUUACAGUAAUUUAUGUAAAAUUAUAUUUGGGUAAAUGUGCAUUGGCAUUUUAGCAAUUAUAACAAAAACAUUUUCAUAUUUUAAAUUUUGUUUAUAAUUUAAUGUAUGCAUAUACAGUAUGAUUAUUUUGUCAUUUUAAGACUGACAAUUAUUACAUUUUCUUGUACAGUACUAUAUUUAUGUUUAAUUUUGUGUUGACACAGUAAUUUUAACAUUGUUAUUAGGUUUUGAUAAAUGACUUAAACUGUUUUUUUAAAAAUGAGUUAACCACAGGUGAAAUGCAAAUUACAAAAUUUGCAGAUUGAAAUUAGUCUGGAUGGAUUUUUAAUUAAUACACUAGCCUCUUUGAUGUAUAAUAUUUUGUGGACUGUCCAUGUCACAAGGAACACAUCCAUGGGAGUGGAUCAUGUAGUUGCUCACAUUCAUUCUCAUCACUCUUCAAAGCAAUUUUUCUAGUUUAGAACUUAUUCUACUGUCUCACACUAAACUAGUCCAGAAACUCCAAUUGUUCGGACUUUUCUACCAGUGAAUUAGCAUUUUUACUCCUUUUUCUCAGGUAAUACAUCUUUAACUUUAUUAGCAGUCACAGUCUUUUCUGUACAGCCUUCAUUUCAGAUUACUAUACUGUACAGCUCCAGGCAUCUCCAGUAGGGACUCCUUACACUUUCAUGUUUUUUCUUACCUCAAACUGCCAGAUAAUAUCUUGAAAAUAACUCACUAUGUUAUGUACAAUCAUGAACCUGAGCUUCCUUUCAUUACUGGACAGUAUUGUGCAUUAGUAACUAGGAUUAUAAAACCAAGCUGAAAGGUUCCAGGUUAAAUUUCCAUACAAAGACAAGCAUUGGGGCAUUGUUUUCUUUUAUCUGCUCCUUCUGGUCAUUUAGUAGUAAAUAGGUACCUGGAAGUUAGGCAACUAUUGUGGGUUGCGUCCUGAAGGAAGGUCAGUACCAUAGUUAGCCUUGGGGGACCUGAAUAACAGCCUUCCUGUCACCAACUAUUGGAAACUAAAACAUAAUAUCUCAGGUUCAUACCAAUUAUAAAGAAAUUAGAAGGGAUAAUUCUAAAGAGUUCAGUACCAAGCGAGGGAACAAGACUGUCACCACAUUCUCUGUUAACUGCACUCGCCAACUGCCAAUUUACCUCUACAGCAAUCAUUCGGCCUUCCUCCUCCCUACUCACUUCACCACGUACCUACCCAUACCCUAGUAAACCACCCAUACAUUCUCUCUUGAUAUACAUGCCCAGAUGUAUAUCAAGGGUACUUGAAAGGAGAGUAAUUUUAUAUGUACAGUAAUAAUAUUUCAUAUUUGUAUCAUGAAACAAUCAGAAAAUGUAUUUAUAUGAAUAUUUCAUAAUGAUGUUUGUAAUACAAGAUAUGACCAGGGAUGCCCUUCUAAGUGUAACCC